AAAUUUCAACUUCCAUUCAAGAUUGGGUCAGCUAAAGUUCCGCUGCUCUCCGCUCCGACUAUUUUGAACCAGCUAGAAUGCUGGCAUUCUAUUUUUUAUUUUGGGUAAUUUCAAUUAUAAAUGGAGUAGUCUUGACACCUGAAAGAAACGGCGACUGGCACAAGCCCGGUUGCCACAAAGUGGGUCACACAAGAAAAGUAAGCAUACGGGACUGCGUGUCCUUUGAUAUCACCACCAACGCUUGUCGUGGCUUCUGCGAAAGCUGGGCCACUCCAUCCGACCCAAAAAACGCCCAAAUAACCCAGCCCGUGACAUCGGUGGGAACCUGUUGCAAUAUCAUGGAAACGGAACCAAUCGAAGUCAGAGUUUUAUGCAAGGAAGGCAUCCGCAGUUUCGUAUUCAAAAGUGCAGUCAAUUGCUCUUGUUAUCAUUGUAAAAAAGAUUAAUAUGAUGAAAAUGUGGGCAUUCGCAAGGGAACAUUUAUUCCGGUAUUUAUUUUAUGGUUUUGUUUUGCGCAAUUUUUUAUAUUUGUGACUUUUAAAGUUUAUCGGCACCUUUAUUUGUUAUUUUCACUUUGAAUAGGCAUAACUUUAUCAGAAUUUUUAACAUAAUCUGAAAGUACAUGACGCACAUUCCAUUUUCUAUAGUGGAAAUUAUUAUUAAUCCAAAGAUAUGCGAAUGCCCAUGUUCUGAAAAAAAUGUACUCCAUAAAUUUGUCAAUUUGUGAUUAGUUUAGUUAUUGAGAUAUUUACCAUUUAAGAAAAUAUAUUGUAAAUACAUACAUGAAAAUAUACUGACUGACUAAAUUUUCCGAUGUACUUAG